AAAAUUUGAAUGUAAAUAAACAUUGCUAGUCUGCUUUGCUGAAUGAUUACGCAAGUAUUGAAUUUAAGACUAGAAAUACAGAUUUGAUGAAAUCAUCAUCAUGGCUAGCAUGUUCAGUGGUGCUCUACAGUUGAUAGACUUGAAUGAUUUUAUCACACCAUCUCAGGAAUGUAUUAAACCAGUUAAACUCGAGAAGAAAGAGAGUAAAGGAGGAUCUAUAAUUGUCACAGAUGAAGGAGAUUACUUUGAGAAAAAUGAAGAUGGUUCAAAGGCAAAAUUAGAAAAAGCAAAAAUUACUUUAAAUGAUUGCUUAGCAUGUAGUGGAUGCAUAACAUCCACUGAAAGUAUUUUGAUCACCCAACAGAGUCAAGAAGAGCUUUAUCGCAUUAUAGAGGAAAAUAAAAAGCAUGAAAUGUGCAAUGAGACAGAAAAGAUAAAAACUCUUAUAGUUUCAAUUUCACCUCAGUCAAGAGCUUCUUUAGCUGCUAAGUACAAUCUUGAUGUUGAAACAGCUGCUAAAAAAUUAACAGCAUUUUUUCACAGAUUAGGUUUUAAAUAUGUUCUUGAUACUACAAUAUCUCGAGAGUUCACUCUACUCGAAAGUCGAAAAGAAUUCAUUCGUCGCUAUCGAACAAAAGAAACUGAGCCAAAAGCUUUGCCUAUGUUAUCAUCAGCAUGCCCAGGUUGGGUUUGCUAUGCUGAGAAAACUCAUGGAGAAUAUGUAUUGCCUUACAUUAGUACAGUAAAAUCACCUCAACAAAUUAUGGGUUCGCUUGUUAAAGAUUAUUUGGCCUCUAAACUUCAAUUGAAAUGUAGUCAGAUAUAUCAUGUAAGUGUGAUGCCUUGUUUUGACAAAAAGUUAGAGGCUUCCAGAAAUGACUUUCAUAACGAUGAAUAUGAAACACGAGAUGUCGACUGUGUUAUUACAUCAGUUGAAGUUGAUGCUAUGCUAGAAACAGAAGGAGUUUGUUUGAAUGAAUUGCCAUCAGAAGAUCUAGAUCAAAUAAGUGAGGGUCUAAAUACUGGAUUGUACUCUCAUGCUGGAAGCACCUCUGGUGGUUACAGUGAUCAUAUUUUUAUUCAUGCUGCAAAAGAGCUUUUUGGUGAUGCAGUUUCUGAAAUUCAGUAUAAAACUCUAAGGAAUCAAGAUAUGAAAGAAAUUGUUCUUGAGAAAGAUGGCAAGGUGUUGUUGAGGUUUGCUAUAGCAAAUGGUUUCCGCAAUAUACAAAAUAUAGUACAAAAAUUAAAGCGUGGAAAAUCUCCAUAUGAUUUUGUUGAAAUCAUGGCUUGUCCUGCUGGUUGUGCAAAUGGCGGUGCUCAGAUCCGAGCUGUGGAGGAGAAUCCCAAAGUUCUACUUAAGAAAGUAGAAGAACUGUACCAUUCCCUACCUUCCAAAGAACCAGGAGAAAACCCCCUUGUUCUCCAGCUUUAUGAAGAAUGGCUGGGGGGAUCACAAUCCGAGAAAGCGCAGCAAAUGUUGCAUACGCAGUAUCAUGCUAUAGAAAAAAUUAAUAACGCCCUAUUUAUGAAAUGGUGAUAGAUUAUUAAUUGUACAUAGAAAUAAUAAAUUCUUUUAAUUUCUG